UAGGGAAUUCUCCCUUCUAAAGUUGUAAUGUCAGUGUCAGUGUCAGUUUCUGUGUUUAGAGGUUAGAUUUUUGUUUUUGUAAAUAAAAAGUGCCUUAAUUACCCGUCCAACCAACGGAAUUGCAAUGGAUCCGUCCGUUGAAAUCAGAAAAUUGCCUUUGGACGUGCGCUCCCACCUCAUAAGCCUUUUGGAAUUGCAGGACUCUUGGAAAAAAUUGAUGGCCAUAAUACCGCAAACACUGUCUCUAAACGAGUAUAAAUGCGAUAUAAACUUCAAUAACCCGGCCAAAUACCGGUCGGAGCACUUCCACAUAAUUGAGGACAACUCCGUCAAGAAGCGAAUUUUCUGCUCGGAGAUUUUGUUGCGCGAGUGGGGCACCUCAGGUCGGGUCAGGCCCGCCGUGGGCCACCUGAAAUAUCUCCUGCAGAAGGCAGAGCUGUUUCGUGCGGCUGACUACGUCGCUGUUGAUAUUUUAAAGGAGGAGCCGCCUCCUAGGCCCGCCAAAGGGCCAGCGGCCCCAGUUGUGUUCAAUCCGGACGAGUUACUAGACCCGGAGACGAAACGAAUCGAGAAAAUUCUGGACGAGAUCAACUACCCCAGUUCCGCAAUCGAGAAUAUCAACAAACUGAAUUCGUUUAACACAAACUUGAAUUACAGCGGCAAAGAAACGACGAAAGUGAUCCCCAAGAUUAUAAUCAGCGAAUCACCGGAUGUGGAAGAGACGCCGCCGCCGUUUCGGCUACCGGUCGUUGUCCAGAAAGUCAAGUCUGAGUCGGAUUUGAUUAAGUUUUCGCAAGAAUCGGUUUCAAACAGCGAUAAUAACGCAAAUGUGCCGCAUUUGUCGUCGCUUUUGACGGAUGAGGCGUCCAAUAAUAACAUUCCUGCCGUAAUUAGCGAUUUAGUGUCACAAUCGAGCUCAGAAACCACUGAAAAUGCCGAUUCUGCGGUCAACAGACCGGAGUUAUCGUCACUUUUGAACCAGUCAAGUGACGACUCUGAGCCCAAUUUCAACGUUCCUGCAAUCAGCGAAUUGAGUCUGGCGUCAAGUUCCGACUCUUCGUCAAACUUCCCCGCUUUGAGUCAAUUAAUCGAUUCUGAGAAAAAUUCGCGGUCGUGUUCGUCGCCGCUCCCGAACUUGUCGCUGAACACUCCUUUGCCACACUUUAGUUACUGUGAUUUAGCAACGGCGACUAAUAACUUCGACGAGACACCGGUGGCCCAAGGGGGCAGGUUUUUGGGGUCGGGGGCUUUCGGUAAAGUUUAUUUGGGUGUGGGGUUGGUUAGUAAACCAGUGGCGGUGAAGAAAGUCAUUUUGGAAAAUGUUGACGUCGUUCGAGUUGAUGAUAUGGUUACUAAACAGUUCCGCAACGAAGUGGAGAUUUUGAGUAAAUAUGAGCAUGAGAAUUUGGUGGCUUUGAGGGGCUAUUCGUGCGAUGGCGACACGUAUUGCUUGUUGUACGAGUACGUCCCUGGAGGGGCACUCAAGGACCGGCUACAGAAACAUGAGUUGAUUUGGACGGAAAGGCUGUAUGUAGCAAUGGGGACAGCGAGGGCGAUUGCGUAUCUCCACACUGCAUACGCAAGCCCCUUGAUUCACCGUGACGUUAAAUCUGCAAAUAUUUUACUCGACAGUAACAAUAAACCAAAGUUGUGCGACUUUGGGCUAAUUAAACGCGCUCUCAACCAAAAUACAAACACCGCAACUACAAUUUUCGGGACUUCGGCUUACAUGGCACCUGAGGCUUUCAGGGGAGACGUUUCAGUAAAGUUGGACACUUUCAGUUUUGGAGUCGUUUUGCUUGAACUACUCACUUCAAUGCCUCCAAUGGACGAAAGCCGGGAGGGAGUCGAUUUGGUUACUCAUGUGCAAGAAACCUGCCAGGACGGUAUUAAACCAUUGUUAGACACAACAGUUGGCUCAUGGAUGGCCAAUAGUAUUAAUUUCGGCGAGAAAUUAUACGAGAUUGCGACGAGUUGUUUAAAGGAGAAGAAAGAGAGACCCACUAUGACAUCAAUUUGCGGUAUUUUAGGCGAUCUAGUCCAGAAAUUUUUAUAAAAGAAUAUAUUCCAUCAAAUGAU